CACGAUCCUGCCCGGCCUGGUGUGCUGGAUCAAUCGCUUCUUCUUCUGGCUCCUCUUCAAGGGCAAGGUGGAGCACGUCGACCUCAGCUACAAGAUCUUCAACUACGAGUGCCGCUUCAGACAGCACGUCCAGGACUGGGCUAUCCCCAUUGAGAAGACGAAGGAGGCCCUGCUGGAGCUGAAGGCCGUGCUGGAGAACAACCCCAAAGUGGUGGCACACUACCCAGUGGAGGUGCGCUUUGCUCGGGGGGACGACAUCUUGCUGAGUCCCUGUUUCCAGAGAGACAGCUGCUACAUGAACAUCAUCAUGUACAGGCCCUACGGGAAGGACGUGCCCCGGCUGGACUAUUGGCUGGCCUACGAGAGCGUCAUGAAGAAGGCUGGAGGGCGACCGCACUGGGCAAAGGCUCACACCUGUACCCGGAAGGACUUUGAGAAGAUGUAUCCCGGCUUCCGGAAGUUCUGCACCAUGCGGGAGGAGCUGGAUCCCACCGGCAUGUUCCUGAACGCAUACCUGGAGAAGGUGUUUUAUUGAGGGAGGACGGGACGCUGGAGAAGAGAAAUGAAGCUCGCCAGCCCAUCUCCCGUGCUCUGUCCUUUAGAGAUGGACAAUGCUCCUUGUGAGACUUGCUCCUUCCAUGAUGUCCCCCAGAUUAGAACCCAACCAUUAUCUCUCUCGGCUUCCAGCACGUCCCGUCUCCAUCUCUGAGGUUGGAAGCUCUUGAGUCAGGGACUGUCCACAUUUAGUGUCCUAUACAGCUCCGAACGCAUUG